CCCCUCUCCUCUGUAAUUCCUUCCGCCAUCUCUCUUCACUCUCUCCCCCUAAAUUCACACAAAUUUUCCCCUCAAACUAACCCAAUCUUCCUCUUCUCGCCGCUUAAUUUUCAAAUCCAGUUGUUUCAUACCAUAAUUGAAACCUAUUUGGUGCUCAAAUCAAGUUGUUUUUUCAAAAAUGGCAUCCGAUAAUUUGAUGGCGAUGGAGCAGCCAUGGAUGUUCCGCCCCACAUUCGGCGAUUCCUGGAUCGCCGACAUCUUCACCAAGGAAACCGAUACCCUAACAAAGGCUCUCCAGAAAUCGAUCUCCGCCACCUCAUCCGACGGCGACGCCUUCGCCAAGCCCUCUCCGCCGACGACCGCCUCCGAGAACGACGCUGCCGUGUCGAAGCAGCGGCGGAGCCUGCCGCCGUGCGGGAGGGUCUCGAAGCGGAAGUCGCGCGCGUCGAAGCGCGCCACGACGACUUUCAUCGCGGCGGAUCCGGCCAACUUCCGGCAGAUGGUGCAGCAGGUGACCGGGGUGCGGUUCAGCGGCCAGCUGGCGGUGCUGAAGCCGGAGCCGCAGAGGGCGUUCGGGCCGGCCUUGCUGGAUGGGUCAGCCGCCGCGGCGCCGGCGCCGUACAUGGAUGGGGGGCCGAGCGCGGCGGCGAUUGGGUUGGAGUCGUUUUGCAGCUUCCCGACGCUGGAGUCGUGGAAGGUUAUGUAGUAAUUGGGGAGUGAAAUGUAAUUUUGCUUCUGUUUAUGUGUUUCCAAGUUAGAGAGGUUUGAGGGAGAGGGAUCUGUUAAUAUCUGUGGUUGGGGGAGUAAAGGGAGAUCAACUUGUCUUGUAACUCUGUUUUUUAAUUUCCAACUUACGUUUUUUCACUUAA